AUGUAGUGUUGGUUAGUUUAUUUCUAAUAACUCUUGCUCACUAUGUUAAUCACUUUUAAUUUCAUAGGUUUGAUUGUUACUAAUUGCUUGAAUUCGAUAUAUUAUUAGUAUAUACCAACUAAUUUAGAUUUCUGUUAAUUAUGUGUUUCACUUAGUAAUUAUGCAAUUCAAAGUAACCUUGCUUAUCAUGCAAGAAAUUCUUUUAUUACAAUGUUCUUCUCCACGCUGUCAAACUGUAAAAAACACUUUAAAAAAUUUUAUUGUUAUAUUAUAUUAAAAAAGGAAAAUAUAUAUUCCAUGAUUAAAUAUAUUAAUUUAUCGUUUUCAUAAAUAUGA